AUGAUUGACGACCACUUCCAGCUCACCAAGAUUUUAGGAAAAGGAGGUAGCUCCAAGGUGUUCCUUGCUACAGACAGCUCUCAACAACUAGUGGCCGUCAAGACCAUCAGGAGUGACAAGAAGUACUCCCAGUCAGCUGCACAGGCUCUCAUUGACCGAGAAGCUCAGACACUCGCUCUCUUAGAAGGCCAUCCCAAUAUUCUCAGAUGUCUUCAUUCGAACUGAAAUGGGAGAGUCGUGGUUGGGGCUAAGACAGAAUCUGUCAUGUAUAACGUGCUAGAGUAUGCACAGAACGGAGCGCUCUCGACCUACAUCAGGCAAACAGGCCCUCUCGAAGAGUCUCUGGCAAGGCUGUUUGCAUUCCAGGCUUGUAGCGCCAUUGAUCAUAUGCACAGUCUGGGUCUGGUUCAUCUUGAUAUCAAACUUGAAAACAUUCUUCUUGACGAGUUCUUCAACGUCAAAGUGGCAGACUUGGGCUCUUGAGUUGAAGCUUCUGAAUUCAGUGGAUGCAGCGACAGACGGAGAGGUACUGCUCACUACAUGGCUCCAGAAGUCGCAGGACUUCAACCAGGUGAGGCAUUCAGAGCUACUCCUGCUGAUGUGUACUCUCUUGGGAUCACGAUGUACGUAAUGGUUACAGGAGAGUUUCCGAGUCCUCAUCAGCUCAAACUCAGUGUCUCCACCACUGACAUUGAUGGUCAGUCAUGAAUUGAGUCAGACUCAGAUACCCAGAGCCAGAAGUCCGGAUGGUCUCAAAUAAGUCCUGAACUAAGAACAUUAUUACAAGCGAUGAUGGAUCCUGAGCCAUGUAAAAGACCUCUGAUAAGCGAAGUACUUUCAUCUUGGUGGUUUGAUGUAGAGUUCAACCAAGAAAUAAUGGAAGAAGCUUAUUGAGAAAUGGCCAGCCGCAAGGCUUACAUCGAGAAGCUUAGCAUGUAAACCCAACAUGCUUUAAGAAUAGUAUCAAUAAUCUAAUAAUAAAG